CUACUGGAGCACGGUGACGGGCGGCGAGGCCAACCUGCUGCUGAGCGCCGAGCCGGCCGGCACCUUCCUCAUCAGGGACAGCUCAGACCAGCGGCACUUCUUCACCCUCAGUGUCAAGACGGAGUCAGGCACCAAGAACUUGCGCAUCCAGUGCGAGGGCGGCACCUCGCAGCAGCCAGCCUGUGCCCCGCUUUGACUGUGUGCUCAAGCUGGUACAUCACUACAUGCCACCUGCGCCCUGCGCUGUCCCCGAGCAGCCGGGGGGGGCCCUGCACCCCAAGCGCACCUACUACAUCUACUCGGGCGGCGAGAAGAUCCCCCUGGUGCUGAGCCGCCCGCUCUCCUCCAGCGUCUCCACCCUGCAGCACCUCUGCCGCAAGACCGUCAACGGACACCUGGACUCCUACGAGAAGAUGGCUCAGCUGCCGGCUCCCAUCAAGGAGUUCCUGGACCAGUACGAUGCCCCCCUCUAAGGGGCCAGCAGAGCAAGGUUACACGCUACAAGCACAAGAGCGGGGGACAGGCACA